AUGCUGGAGCCCCGCGUCAUUUCAGCUUCACGAGCAGCAGACAUGGCGACGACGCUGACAGUGGUCCAGCCGCUCACCCUGGACCGAGAUAUUGCCAGAGCAAUUGAACUACUAGAGAAACUUCAAGAAUCAGGAGAAUUACCAGGACACAAGUUACAGUCACUUAAAAAAGUACUGCAGAGUGAGUUUUGUACAGCUAUCAGAGAGGUAUAUCAAUACAUGCAUGAAACCAUAAAUGUUAGUGGCUGUCCCGAAUUUCGUGCCAGGGCUACUGCCAAGGCAACCGUUGCUGCAUUUGCAGCUAGUGAAGGGCAUUCUCACCCCCGAGUGGUAGAACUGCCAAAGACGGAUGAAGGCCUUGGCUUUAACGUAAUGGGAGGAAAAGAACAAAAUUCUCCUAUUUAUAUUUCUCGCAUAAUUCCUGGAGGAGUAGCUGAGAAGCAUGGAGGACUCAAACGGGGAGACCAGCUGCUUUCUGUUAAUGGAGUGAGUGUGGAAGGAGAACAUCAUGAGAAAGCAGUGGAACUUCUGAAGGCUGCUAAGGACAGUGUGAAGUUGGUGGUACGUUACACUCCCAAAGUUUUAGAUGAGAUGGAAGCUCGGUUUGAAAAACUGAGGACAGCUCGGCGCAGACAACAGCAACAGUUGCUAAUUCAGCAGCAACAGCAGCAGCAGCAAAAUGCACAGCAGAAUCAUAUGUCAUAG